ACUAAUUCUGUCCACAUUUGUUUGCGCUUUAUUUUCGCAUUCAAUUGUUUAUAUAUUUUUGGUAAAUUAUUACCAAAAAGUAAUACAUUACCAUAAAUGUGCAACCAGCUUCGGCGUGACUUUAAAUAUAUUUUCUGCGAACACAGGUGAUAGGAGCCUUGUGCGUGAGCCAACGAUUUAGCAGCGCCGCGCACAGCACAUGGAGCAGAGCGCGCCAGCGACGCCAAAGAAGCGCAAACACAGCGAGUACCACGAUCCCGACUAUCUUCCAACCGGCCCAGCCAGCGAGGACAAUGAGGAUGCAGCCACCAGCCAGCAAAAGCGCGCCAAAGUGGAGCCGGAAUCGGCGGCCGAGGAGGAUACAUCAUCACCAUCACAGCCACAGACGCCCGUGCCAGAUGCAACGGCACGGUUGGGACGCAUCUGUGAGAUUGUGCGCGUCGAGUUUCAGAGAGAAAUUUCGGUGAAGGAUGAGCAGCUGGCCGAGAUAGAUAGACGACUGCUGCAGGCGCGUCAACUGCUGGACAAGCUGCGCUUUGAAGUGGUCAGCGAGUACUAUCGGAAGCAACAGGUUCCCCUCACGGCCGGCGACGUGGCCAAAGUGCGUGGUGGCGAAACACUGUUUGGCGAUGAGAGCGCUGGUCCGCAGCUGCCGCUGCAUCCGGCCAUUAAGAAGAUUGUCGGCAAACGGCCCAUGCCCAUACAGAACCACCUGCCGGAGCGCACGGCUGCCACUCUGGCCAAGCAAACGAUUAGGCAGCGCAAUCCGGCUCACCGUCGGGCCGAGCGUCGCCGACAGCAAAAGAUUCGCGAGCAGGGCAUUGUGAUCGAUCAUUCAAAAGAUCGGCAGCAGCAACCAGCAAUCAAUAUCAAGGUGGAGGAUGAGCAGCCAUGCACCAGUCGUCAGGCAUACGAACGGCAGCAGCAGCAGCAGCAACAGCUGGAGCUGAAUGCCUCGCGCUUGAACAACAAGAAUAAGUUCCACUUUGUGGUGGGCAACACGUCCAAAUACAUUGGCGGGGAUCAGCGGCAGGAGAACAGUGGCCAGGCGCUUGUCUACAAAUGGCUGGUCUAUGUCCAGGGCAAAGGUCUGCCGAAACCGCUGGAGACAUACAUCAAGAAGGUGCGCUUUCAGCUGCAUCACUCAUACCGGCCCAACGAUAUUGUGGAUGUACAUGCGCCGCCUUUUCAGUUGAAUCGUCGUGGCUGGGGCGAGUUCCCCAUGCGGAUACAGCUGUUCUUCCAGGAGCACCUGCGCCAGAAGCCUGUGCAGCUCAUGCACACCGUCGUGCUGGAUAAGACAAUGUGUGGCCUGCAUACAAUGGGCGCGGAGACUACUGUCGAGAUUUGGCUGAGAGCGGAACAAGCCAAGGUCAAGCAGGAACCAAUUGAGCCUCCUGCGAGGCCGCUUCCAACGCCUGUGACUCCUUCACCUCCUCCUCCUCCUGCUCCUGCUGUUGCUCCCGCGGCGCUCUUCACACUGCCCCUUGAGGGUCUAAAGCCCCGAACGAUAUCCAUCACUCAAAACAAGGAGGAACUGGAUGACAACCUCUUUGCUGGCAUCAACAAGAUCGAAAUGAGCGACGACAUUGAGCAGAUUGAGCCCACGGUUUUGGUCACGGAGCCCCUGAAGCUCAGCUAUAGUCCCAAAAUGCAGCCGCCGCCCACGGGAACGAUGCCGUCAAGACCCCCCCUGCGGCUGAAUGCAGCUCCCCUGAGCGCCUCGCGUCCAUCCGUCGUCUACCUGCCCGUCGUCAAUGGCAAAAGUCCGAGCCCCAUCAAGAGCGAGAAAUCGGUGCAGCUGAAAUCGCCGAUGCAGCAGCCCCAGAACGGACAUCGCGCCAAGCAGAACGUAGUCUUCCAGAAGGAGGGAAAGCUGUACAUUAUCGAUCCGCAGCAGAGCAAGCUGAAGCAGGCGACACAGCAGCGAUCGCUGCUGAAGCCGCAAUUGAGUCUGUUGAAGUCGCCGCCGGUCAAUCGUCGUCAGCAGCUGCUGUGCAUCCAGCACGAUCAUGGCUAUGCAGACAUGACCAGCGUUUACAUGAAGGAGGAGCUGCAGGAACUAAUCAACGCGCUGCCGAAACGCUGGACAACAUCUCUGGUAGCGGCUGCACCGAUUAGACCCCGCAAACUGGAUCAGAUCUUUGGCAGCGUUCAGUUCAAGAGCAUGCGCAGCGCUGUCGAGUUCCUGCUGCGUCGUUUGCCGCUGACAGGCAGUCAGAAAGUGGAUGAGGAGCCCCCCUUUGUGCGUCCAGCCAAUCUGUUGGCCUUCCAGGAGCAGCCUGCCCUGCGGCAGCGUUGCUACGAGUACCUGCGGGCACGGCACUUGCGUCGCUGUAUGCUGCAGCAUCUGGAGUUGCAGCAGUUGCACAACAGUGGCAAGGAGCCCUACUGGAGUCUGCGUGAGAUCGUGAGCUUUGCCCGUCUGUAUGGGUACACGCCGCCGCUGAAGACGCUGACACCCAUUGAGAAGCGGUCAGCGAAGCUGGGCAGCGAGGAGCAGUUGGCACAGCGUGUCCAGGAGCAGCUCAAGGAGGAUCCACAGCCGCAUAUAUCGGCCUAUUGCAGUGUCAGCUCCGCCAAUCGUCUCGACGGCUGGAUAGCACAGCAAACGGGUCGCCUUCGGGGGCAUGAACAGGAAAUACGGGAUCAAGAGUUCAUCGAUGUCCUGGGUGUGGACUCGUCCAAUCCGCGACUCAUCAGCCAGCGGCUGCCACGCUGCGUGCCUGUGGCAAACAAUCGCCAGCUGUUGUACCUGCCGCCACCGGAGCACCUCGAGACGGCAACGCAGCUGGUCCAGGACAUGUGCAAGGACAUCAACAUCAGUCUCGAGGCAGAAGAGUGUAUGCCGGGUGUCACACAGUCGCUCUCGCUUACGCUGCUGGGCCGUGUGCUGAGCAUGUUCGUGGAGCGUCUGGUGCGCCGCUCGGUGGCUGCCAAGCUGCAGCAGGAUACCAUGGAACAGCUGCCACCACCGGCCGCCAAUGUGCCGCUCUGCCUGCAGCCCUACGACAUUGGUCGGGCGAUUGCGCAGUGUCCGGAGCUGGAUUUCCUGGGGAAUGGCCACCUGGGGGUGACUCCCAUGGAGCCGCAGACGUAGAGCUGUGGGAAUUUAUUUGCUUCUAGCACCACGCGCAAUUCACAGUUCAAAUUCUCCUGGGAUAUUAGUCGAUAUCUACGUGUAAUUAUUUUAUUGAAUUUUAAGCCUAAAAUAAGGAAUUAAAUUAACUAAUUUAACACCGACAGGGUAUUU